CUAUAUAUAGAAAGCUAACAUUCUCUCAGACUUGCAAGUUUGAUUUAUUCAUUUGAAAUAUAAUUCUUCUCAAAAUAAUGAAGCUAAGUUUUGCAACCUUGGUUCUGGGUACAAUUCUUCUUACUUCUUUCUUCAUUCAACCUACAAUCGCUGGUUCAGCUUUCUGUGAUUCAAAGUGCAAUUUUAGGUGUUCAAAGGCAGGACGAAAGGACAGAUGCUUGAAGUAUUGUGGGAUAUGUUGUGCAGAUUGUAAUUGUGUUCCGUCUGGAACUUUUGGAAAUAAAGAUGAGUGUCCUUGCUACAGAGACAAGAAGAACUCUAAGGGUGGCCCUAAAUGCCCUUGAAUUUACUUACCCUUUCUCCCAAUUGUUGUUCACAAAGUCUUAAUUAUUUAAAAAUCCUUCAAGCGGCAUGAUUGUCGUGAAAUAAGUAUGAUUUUUAUAAUAAAUAUAAGUCACCAAAUGGGUGUCUUUUGUAUAAUUUAUUUUAUGAUGUUGCUGAAUAAACUGAGCUUUACGGCUUGUUUGGAUAGUCGUUACCUAUUACAUUACAUUGUAUCUAUGAUAUUCCUAUUUCAAGUAUAAUAAUUUUGUGGACCA